ACACUGGAACACACUUCCUCCUCCCGCCCAUCAACACAUAGCGUGACUGUGCAAUCAACCCUUCUAUUGUUUUUCCCCCCCUCCCAACUGCUCAUCGCAACUACUCAUCGAACGAACCCUGCCAGAUCUGUUGGACCAAAGGAGAAUAAGGAAAUAUCUCCUCCCACGGAAGAACCCUGCCGAAUUGAAGCGAUCGCCGUCAGUUCAUACGAACCGGUGGAGUUAUUUAUCAAUCGAAGCGUAGUCAACGUAAACGGCCCCAAACUGAAGCUCCCGAACGUUAUCAGAAUGCGUCGUAACUGGCUUCUGCGCUGCAGUAUCCUGAUCAACGUGGCUGUGCUGCUGUACAUUGGCAGCCAUCUACUGAUCGGCAGCGGUAACUUUGCCCUCGGUCCAUCCUACAUAAUAUCGGAUGAGGUGCUAAAGCAGCAACCAGCCGGUGAACAGUACAAACCGUUUCUGCCCCCCGCCCAGUCGCGAUUGCUGGUAUUUAACCCAGCAGCGAUUGCUGGUGACCAGCAACAGUUGAUACAGCAGCAGGCGGCGUUACAAUCAUCCCAGCAAGGACACAGUACCUUAGUGUUAAAAAUUCAAGAAAAUGGGAUCGGUGUACAGGAACUGUCCCAGCAGACGCAGCAACAGCAGCAGCAACGACAGCUGGUACCGAGCGGCGGUACCCAGCAACAGCAGGAACAGCAGCAGCAGCAGCAGCAGCAGUUGAUGCUGGAAGCACGAGAUGUAGAUAACAGUAAUCUUAAUGUAGACGAUAGUCGUUUCGAUGUGCCAACGGAGAAGAGUACCGUCCGGAAGAUGGUCGGUGGCGAUGUGCUUUACCAGGACGGUCAGCAGUCGGCGGGCGGUGGACCGGGCGGUGGUGCGACGGGUGUGCUCAACGGUAGUGAUAUCUUUUCCACCACCGCAUCCAUGGACGUCGAUGCUAAGCUGAGGUCGCUGCUCAACUGCCACGACCGUGACUACGAGCCAUACAUUGGACAGCGGGGAGAUUUUUGGGUGUUGCGGAACUAUAUCCGGGCGGAACACGGUGACCUGCGGUGUCACGAAACAAUCACCUAUACAACGCACGCAGACUACACGUUUCUGGACAAUUUAGUACCACUGCUGGAAAGGUGGAACGCUCCAGUUAGCCUUGCGCUUCACGCACCCGGCACGGAUUUUGUGCCCACGAUCAAUUCAAUAAAGUAUCUAAGAGACUGCGUACCAGAGAGUCAUUUAGUCCGACAGUUUGUCACAUUUCAUAUUUAUUUUAGUAGUAAACAUAUUCCAAAAUUUGUUCCUAAGCACAAUCAAGUAUUAGACACACCGUACAACUGUUCGCUGGCGGUACCGUACUUUAACGUGUCCGUGAUGCAGUUGUACAAGACGCAGAAGAAGCUGCUCUAUCCGGUAAACGUCGGACGGAAUAUUGCGCGCGAUGCGGCAAUGACACAUUUCCUUCUAGCUAGCGAUAUUGAAUUGUAUCCCAAUCCGGGUCUAGUGCAUAAGUUUCUCGAAAUGAUCGCACGGAACGAACCGGUGCUGCAACGUAAGAAUCCAAGAGUCUUUCCUCUGCCAAUAUUUGAGGUAGAUAAUAAUUCACCGGUGCCACGUGAUAAAGCAGAACUGCAGGAGCUGUUGCGUACUGGUAAGGCGAUCCCUUUCCACAAGCGCGUCUGCUCUAGCUGCCAUGGUGUACCGAAGUCCAAGGAGUGGAUUGCCGCCAACGAAACCGACGAUUUGGGCGUGUUUCACAUUGGCAAACGAAUCGGUUACUUUGUGCACUGGGAACCGAUCUACAUUGGAACGCAUGCCGAUCCGCACUACGACGAGCGAUUAAGCUGGGAAGGGAAGAGUGACAAGAUGACACAGGGUUAUGCACUGUGCGUCCUCGAUUACGACUUCCACAUACUCGAUAACGGAUUCCUGGUGCAUAAACCGGGCAUCAAGGUCCUGAAGAAGGAUCCGAAGCGUGCGAUGCUGGCCGCAAAAACGAACCAGCUGAUCAAGAAGAUGAUCUACCCGGAGCUGCAGGUCAUGUACGGGACGCGGAAGGGCUGUGCUGUAUAGUUGAAGGGGAAACAACAUUAGUAUAAGGCCAACGAUCCCGCUGGCAACGAUAGUACUAAUGGUGGCGGUAGUAAUGGUGCUAGUGAUGGUGGUGGUGGUAACAGUAGGGAUUUUAUUGGUAGACGCUCGCGGACCAUGAUCUCAUCGUCCUUUGGCGCUGCGGCCGGAUGGUCUUCGCUCUCCUUGCUGUCGGCACCGUACCGGCCUCACGUUAGCAGCCGACGCAAGAAGGGCAAACCCAAGGGUUACAUCCGCCGCCGACGACGCCGAUGAGCGCACGGUCCGUGGCCAGCCCUUGCCAUAAUUGGAGUGGCGUGGAAGUCUACAGGGUAUAAGAAAUCAUAUUUUCAUAAGUCAAUGUGCAUGUAUGUGCGCGCUCCGGUGCGUAUGUGCUUAAUUUGAGCAAACAGCCAGCACGAAUGAAUCGGGUGAACAGAUGAUAUGUUAAGAUAUUUGUCCAACAGCGAUCCAUGCCUGUGCUGAGCAGGUGCCCGGUGCGUGGAUAGCGGGAACGAAUCGUUUCCGGGAAGUGAUAUUACCUGAGGACACAUUUAGUUAUCGUUUUAAUUUUUGAUAAAUGGUUCUCCAGAAGGAUAGGGAUUGAUCGCCUAGUGAUACAAUGUGGGACAGAUAGUCUGCAGAUGAGACGGUGUGGUAAGGCGAUCCUGGUUUUGUUUCUGUAGCACACUAUGUCACUGCACGCGCUACUCGGCUGAUGCGUGAAGGACGCACGAUAAAAGCACCCUAGACACGUAGUCAUUCAUUCGAUGGUUCAAUGUUUCGAUGUGGAUAAGAUCUAUGGUGUACACAACUGUAGUAUUUCGAUUGGUCGAAUGUCACAGUGCUACAAGGCUCGAUGAGCUCAUCGUGCAGUGGGAAAAGAUAAUAGGAUCCCGCAGAACAGCUAGGAUAUACAAUUGGCAUCAUUAAUUUUAUUGUGAAACUAUACACAUAAUCAUUUCUUUUAUCUUCUUUGAAUUCAUCAUCUUCAUCAAGCCCUGCAGCUCAGCUGUCAUGCAAAUCUUUACUACAAACAGGGUUCCAACCUUAGUUCAUAUAAUGGUAGAACCUUAAAACUGAAAGGGGAUGAAAGUGAAGCAUUCAUUAUGCACACGCAUGUAUUAUAUAAUAACUUGGUAGAUAUUUUACAAAAAAAAACCCCAAAUGCACAUUUUGUGUGUUAGAACAAACGAAAAGAAAACAGAAUUUGAACGAACAAAUUAAUCAUUAAAUGUUAACAAGAAAAAAUGGAACGACCAAGCACUGAUCUAAGAUGUUCGUGAAGGGAAAAAGAUGGAUAUUAUGUCAAGUUUCGGGUUUUAAGUACAGCGCGUAAAUUAAUCAUAAAGCGAAAUCUCAAAAGCAAAAAUGGAAUCUUCAAUGCCAGAUGGUAGACGAGAUGGUACUGUAAGAAAGGUGGUUUUAACAAAUCAUACAAACCAAAAGACAUGUGAGCAACAAUAAUUUUACACCCUUACAAAAAAGGAAACAUGCAUUCACUGAAAGAUUUGAGUUAAUUUUUACGGUUUAUGAAACCAAACCGAUUUUUGACGUUUGUAACACAAUUGUUCCAGUGUUUUGUCCUAGCUUCUUAUGUUAUGACACUGCACAAACAUGGAUAAUUGUGUCCGUAAUGCUUUCCUUUAUGCUUUUAAUCUUUUCUCCUAGUUCUUUCCUACUCUCUGUAGAACAACUUUUUUUUUAGUUAAUUUAAUGGUAGUAUCUUGGGUUUGACUUUUAUAGGCAAAGAACUGUGCUGCGUCUCUGUUUCGCUUAAAGCAAAAUCGCAAAAAGAACAAAUAGUUACAUAUCGAAACAUAAAACAAGUAGUGUGAUAACAUAGCUAUUCUCUUCCGAUUUCUUAAUACAUACGAACAAUACCAAUUUCAAUUCUUCUUAGCAUUAACCACUAGGGGCUUCUAAUUUCCUUUGCAUUACACGUUGCAUUAAUGCGUAUUCAUUUAGCCAAACAAUUAGUAAACCGAACGAACAAUGAAACAGAGCGGGCAUAAAGUCAUCGUAAAUCUCAGUCAUGGUAGUUGUUUCUUUUACGUCUCCAUAGUAAAGUGCCUUAUUCGUAUGAAAAACAAAAAAUAAAUUAAUGAAACACGCGCAUAUAACCACAAACACAAUAAUCGGAGAAGAACGAAUCAAACGCGAAGGAGGAAAACAAUUUACCUUAACUGGGAAAGAAUGAAAAGAGCAAAAUAUUCGAACAAAAACCAUAUGAAACAAACAAUAACAGAAGUGCAAACAUUAAGAAGGGAUACCAGAAGAUGAAAAGAUCAUAAAAUUUGAGUUCGAAACGCACUAAGGAUGUGAGCAAACAAAAAAAAAAGUACACUGUGACUCUCAACGGUCAUUGCACACACACGCACACAUACUCACAAACAUUAAACAUUAACACGUGGUAGUGCAAUAUGAUGUAUGAUCGACAUUUCUUGAAUGAUACACAAUGAUACAAAGGAUAUUUUAAUCAACCAGAAGCAUUAGGUUCAUUAACAUUUAUACACCCUAUCUCUCUAUCUCUCUCUCGUUCGUAAAUUAUGUUAACCUUUUGUACAUAUGUAGCACUAGAACUUAAGUUAAUCAUUAUUACAAAAAACACUUACAAUUAAGCUCGAGGUUAGUUAGUUAGGCCCGUUCCAAUAUUCCACCAGAAGCGAAAAAUAAUCGCGUUUAUUACGUUUCAUUUCCUUCCCUUCUAUUCACUUAUUGUUUCUUUGGAAUUUUUCAUCUUAACUCUAGAUGAAAGUAAGGUAGUUUGAAGCGAAAAGAAAACAAUAUUGUACAUAGCGAUAGGAGCUAAUUUCGCAAACACAUUUUGCCAAUGUUUCGUUUAGAAGGUUGAUAAGAGUUUGUUUCAUUCUUCUUGGGUUCAGUUACAGUAACGAACCGAUCGGAAAGUAAGCGAUACUAUGCGUGGAAAUGAUCGUACGAACCGCGCCACUAAAGGAACUAAUUGUGUACAGGUACAGAAUACUGAAGGAAAACAGAUAAGCUGAGAUGGAGCAGAAAAUGUACGGGAGUAAUAUAUGUAUUUCCAUAGAAGUGUUCCUUUUUUAGAAGAA